AUGGUAUCGGCAAUGGCGAAAUACGGGUAAGUUGCCCUGAUAGAUACUUCAUUGACAACUUUGCUAACUAUUACAGCGUGAGUAUGAUGGAGGAAUAUUGGGGUAAGGAGGAGACAGAGCGAUUUAUGCGUUGGCAUGCAGAGAAGAUAAACAACAAUAACACCCUUCUUCGUUCCAUCGUUUCUGACAAAGCAAGGGUGAAAUACGUGUAAGUUGCCCUGAUCGAUACUUCAUUAACAACUUCGCUAACUAUUACAGCAUGAGUAUGAUGGAGGAAUAUUAGGGUAGGGAGGAGACAGAGCAAUUUAUGCGUUGGCAUGAAGAGAAGAUAAACAACAAUAACAACAGCAAAGGGUAAAGUAACGUUGGUCUCUCGGUGGGCGAUGAAGCUAACAGUCAUUUCAGCAAAGGACCCAAUGACACUAAGUCCAAGUCCAAGGCCAGUGCCAAUGCCAAGUCCCACAGCCCCAUCACCAGCAGCAGCAAGGCUGGAAAGGGAGGUUUGACAAAUGCGCAAAUCAUGGCGAUACAGAAGGAGAAUGAGGCAAUUAUGCGUGGGCAGCCAGAGAAGAUAAAAAACAAUAACAAAGGGUAAAAUAACGUUGGAAUAUCGGUGGCUGAUGAAGCUGACAGUAAUUUCGCAAAGGACCCAAUGACACCAAGUCCAAGUCUAAGGCCAAGACCAAGUCCUACACCCCCAUCGCCAGUAGCAGCAAGGCUGGAAAGGAAGGGUUGACAAAUACCAGGUAAGAGUUGACACAUGUAUUCAUUGGGAAACACUGAGAAGUAGAGAAGACAGAAGAAGAUGCCUGCCAGAACUGCGGGUCUCGUUGGUUCUCCACGUGUCACCAAGAAGAGAUCCAAGAGAACGUAAAAGGUCACUAUUGAACUCAUUUCCUCAAACGACGAAGACAAUGGUGGUGCGAGUAGCAUGGGAAAGAGAAAGGAGGUUGUUAGUGAUUCUGAUGAUGAGCUAAGUAUCUCUGAUGAUGUGUUGGCGGAAAGCGUGUGUGGUUCGAGUCUGCUUGAUGAUGAGGAUGAGGAGGUUGAAGAUGGAGAUGAAAAUGAUGAGGAGGUUGACGAUGGAGAUGAAAAUGAGGAGGAGGUUGACGAAGAAAGUGACUCGGAUGUUGCUGUAAAAUCUGAGGAGGGUUCAAGUUUGAUGGGUUCAAGCUUGAUGGACGACGAGAAAGAGGAGGAUAUGUAG